AUGUUUGACAAGUUGGCGAGCAAAUACUUGUGCAUCGAACCGUCUGAAGCACAAAAGGACUACCAUGGGCGAGCCAACCCUGCACUGGACGAGCCCAUCACCGUCUGGGAGCUGGAAUACGAGUUGACCAAGAUGAAGAAAACGGCGAACCCGUACAGCAGACAACCACCUGUGGACCUGAACAUCUACAUCGACGGACAAGAAGUACCCAGGCCGAAGGAGGUGAGGAUUCUCGGCCAGAUCCUCACCCAGUCGGGAAGAAAUCUUAGCACCAUCAACAAGCUCACCACUACCACGACGCACGUCGUCGGGAUGCUGAGGAGAAUCAGGAACCAGCGGUCCGGACUUAAAGAGAAGGAGGCUAUACAGCUGGUAUAUGCCUUUGUGGUAUCUCGGGUCAUGUACGCCACCCCGUACCUGAGACUCGCCGAGACCGAAGUCAACAAACUCAAUGUCAUCAUUCGAAGAGCUUUCAAGUGCGCCCUUGGACUACCAGAGUACGUGGCCACGGAGGACCUGCUCAGCACGGGCCUCUACAACACCAUCGAGGAACUCUGGGAAGCCCAGCGUAUAUCACAAAUCAAGCGCCUCAGCGAAACACCGAACGGAAGAUGGCUCCUGGAGCGGCUGCAAUUGGCCACACCAGGUGGCAUAUUACACCAAGAACCCAAACAAGAAUUAACACCAAUUGUACGAGGCAAGAUCACGGUCGAGAAGAUCCCAAGGAACAUGAACUCGGAAAGGAACGCCAACAGAAGAAGAGUUCGUGCACAGAUCAUAUCCAGGAUAUGGAGCAAGAAGCCCGGAACCCUGUACGCCGACGCGGCCAUCCUACCAAGAGGCAACACCGCCACCCUGGCCGUGGCCGAUCCUCGUGGCAACGUGGUGAGGACGGCGUCGGUCUACACGACUCUCACAGAACACGCAGAAGAAGCCGCAAUUGCUCUGGUUGCCACAGGUACCAAACAAGACCACAUCACCGUCAUCACAGACUCGCAACGGGCGUGCCACAACUUCGCCAAGGGUGAAAUAGGCGAACAGGCGGCGAGAAUCCUCUCCAAGGCGCAGUUUACGAGCAUGAAGAUCGUCUGGGCAAAAGGUCACGCGGGUGUCGAGGGAAACGAAGCGGCAAACGCCGCAGCCCGAGCCUUUCAUUCGAACCGGGACUCGUCCGCACCUCAACCACACUCCCCUGACCCCAACAUGAAGUACAACGGAUACUUGAAGACAAUCAGGGAAGCCAGGAUGACUCUUCCAGCGCCACCUUCGAAGUUCACCAAGGAGGAGGAGCACCUCUAUAGAAGUCUGCAGACAGGAACCAUGAAGACGCCAGUGAAGCUCCAUCAAUGGUACCCCCAACUCCAUCCUUCACCAACUUGCUCCUUUUGCGGGUGGAAAUGGGGGAACCUGUACCACUCAAUGUGGGUGUGCAAGGACAUUAAAGGUUUGGAUCCGAUUCCGAACCCGACGAGGGACAGCUGGAACGCGGCCCUCCGCUGGAGCAAUCCGGGAAGCCAACACUGGUUAGUACGGAGAGCGACGGUGGUGCAAGCCGCGAUUGGAGCCCCGGACUAG